GCUCAGCUGUGACGGACGCCACACACUGCUUAGCUGUUCCGAAAAUGAAACUGUCGUCGAGGGAGCCAAGAGAAAACGAAAACAAGACGGUUACGACGUAUCAAGAAAAAUCCCCCAGGAUUCACUCGUUUCAGGCUGACACAGAGGAGGCAGACGCUGGGAAUGUUGAGUCAACACCAGAGCUGGAGAGGACGCACCGUGCUGCAAUGGAGUCUGUAGCAGUGGGCUCAGCUACCUGGUGAGACUGAAGCUGAUGUCACUAUGGCGCACUUUGACACAGAGUACCAGCGCCUGGAGGCGUCUUACAGCGAUUCUCCCCCUGGAGAGGAGAACCUGCUGAUGCAUGUUCCUGAAGGAGCCAAAUCCCAAUGGCACCACAUAGAAAAUCUGGACUUGUUUUUCCAGAGGGUUUAUAAUCUGCACCAGAAGAAUGGAUUCACCUGUAUGCUGCUGGGAGAAAUCUUUGAGCUGGUUCAGUUGCUGUUUGUGGUUGGCUUCACAGUCUUCCUAGCCAACUGUGUGGACUAUGACAUACUCUUUGCCAACAAGUUUGUAAAUCAUACUGAUUCAUCUAAAGUCACCUUGCCUGAUGCCUUCCUCCCAGUGGAUGUCUGCAGUGCUCGUAUCCGAGACAAUGCAUUUGUGAUCUUCGUGCUGAUAAUCUCAGGGGUGUUUUGGUUACAUCGCCUGGUUAAAUUCAUUUACAACGUGUGCUGCUACUGGGAGAUCCGAUCCUUCUACAUCAACGCACUAAAGAUGACCAUGUCAGAACUUCCCUACGCAACAUGGCAGGAAGUUCAGGCCAGGAUAGUGGAGAUCCAGAAGGAGCACCAGAUCUGCAUUCAUAAAAAAGAGCUGACAGAGCUUGACAUUUACCACCGCAUCCUCCGCUUUAAAAACUACAUGGUUGCCAUGGUGAAUAAAUCACUCCUUCCUGUGCGAUUUCGACCUCCUAUACUCGGGGACUGUGUGUUCUACACCCGGGGUCUCAAGUACAACUUUGAGCUCAUCUUCUUUUGGGGGCCAGGCUCUCUGUUUGAGAAUGAGUGGAGCCUGAAACCAGAGUACAAGAGAGGAGGUAACAGGCUUGAACUGGCAGACAGGCUGGCAUCUCGUAUUCUUUGGAUUGGGAUUGCCAAUCUGCUGCUGUGUCCAGUCAUUCUGGUGUGGCAGAUUCUCUACGCCUUCUUUAGUUACACAGAGGUGAUCAAGCGAGAGCCCGGUUCUCUGGGAGCGAGAUGCUGGUCUCUGUACGGUCGCUGUUACCUGCGCCACUUCAAUGAGCUGGACCAUGAGCUCAUGUCACGCCUCAGCAAAGGAUACAAGGCUGCAUCCAAGUAUAUGAACUGUUUCCUCUCACCGCUCCUGACGGUGGUUGCUAAAAAUGUAGCAUUCUUUGCCGGGUCUCUUCUAGCUGUGCUCAUCGCUCUGACUAUCUAUGACGAAGAUGUUCUAGCAGUGGAACAUGUUCUGUCGUCAAUCACGCUGCUCGGAGUUUGUAUCACUGUCUGCAGAUCAUUUAUUCCUGAUAAGCACAUGGUGUUUUGUCCUGAGCAGCUGCUGCGGGUUAUUCUGGCUCAUAUCCAUUACAUGCCUGACCACUGGCAGGGCAAUGCACAUAGAUAUGAGACCCGUGACCAGUUCUCCCAGCUCUUCCAGUACAAAGCAGUGUUUAUUCUAGAGGAGCUGUUAAGUCCGGUGGUGACUCCCAUCAUCCUGAUAUUCUGUCUGAGGAGAAAGUCUUUGGAGAUCAUUGAUUUCUUCAGGAACUUCACUGUGGAGGUGGUCGGUGUUGGAGACACUUGCUCCUUUGCCCAGAUGGACAUCAGGCAGCAUGGACACCCUGCGUGGAUGUCAGAGGGGAAGACAGAGGCGUCUAUCUACCAGCAGGCAGAGGAUGGGAAAACUGAGUUAUCGCUGAUGCACUUUGCCAUCACCAACCCCCAGUGGCAGCCUCCUCGGGAGACCACACACUUCAUCAGCCAGCUGAAAGAACGAGUUCACAGAGAGGCCACAGGGGCUCCUUCAGACACACAUCCGCUCUCACUGUCUGAGUCUGAGCCAAGGAGCCUCAUUGCAAACCUCUUGGGAGGUCCCUCUACACUGGCAUCCGUUCAUUUCGGCAGGGACAGCUCUCUGGCUAAUCAUGCAGCAGCUGGCAUGAGUGACGGUGCAUCCGCCUUACGCUCCCUUUCACCAAUCAGCAGCAGUCUUCACCUGAGAGGCAGUUUGAGUGCAGCUCACAGGGCUUCCGGCCACACUUCAGUCAUGAGCAAAGCACUGGCAGGCUCUGGGACUGAUGCCCGAACUGUGAGCUCAGGCAGCAGUGCAUGGGAGGGUCAACUCACCAGUCUGGUCCUGUCGGAGUAUGCCUCCACUGAGAUGAGCAUUCAUGCUCUUUACAUGCACGAGCUCCACAAGCAGCAGUCCCGUGGCGAGCUAUCCCGUCACACAUGGCACAGGCAGGACAGCGACGAAAGCAGCGACAGUGUGCCCGAUGAAGUGAGGAGCGAACCCAACCCUCACUCCAGAAAUUUCCCUCGUUCACACACUUUCCCCACCACAGUUCCCAGCCCCAGUGCCAUUCCUACUUCGGCUUCAGCCACCAGCAAUAUCAUCUUGGGCCAGGAGAGGGCCUCAUCACAGAGCAGCACCCAGCUGCGCUAUAGUGGACCUACCACAGACUCUCUUGGUGCAGGGGGGAAAGUAGUGAGGUCGGCCCGUGUGCCCAUGGGAGGCUGGGCAGAGCAGGGUCGACACCAUGAGCCACUACCAGAGGAGAGCUCAGAGGAUGAAAUGCCUCCACAUAUCCACAAGGUUACAUAACCAAGCCAUGGGAUAAGUCUCAGCGUCCCACCCCCAUCUAUAGAUACCAGAACAAACAUCCUCAUCCUUGGACAAACCUUUGUCCGGGAUUUCUCAUCUGAUAUGACACAGUUGAAGAUGGAAAAGGCAAGAGUGGUGGACCAUGAUCCCUAAAAAACACUUAACUAGUGAGAUCAACUGGAGGGGUUACGACCUCCAUCAACCAUUCAAAGAUCCUUUAGGACUUUCUAAACAUGCCGAAGUAAACAGGGUAUAUAUCUGAAUUUGUGCAACAGAAGAGGACACACAGGAUCAAGUUAUUUCUAGUAGCCAUCAGAAUACACUACACUUUUUUUUAAUAGUGUUAAAAGAUGACAUAAUGAGUGCAUGUGCAAAUCAGCAAUGCUGGAGGCAUCCUUUAAAAAAUAAUAAUAAUAAUAAUUUGCCCAAGUUAUGAUAACAAUAACCCAAACUGUGCUGUCUGCUUCAAAUCAGAUGACACGAGGAAUUUGAAGAAUGUAUGGUGUCUCUGUAACAAUAAGGACAUUCACCAAAAUGUGUUCAGAAAGACGCUGGUAACACACUGACUUUCAUUGUGUGUAUCUGUUCUUGUACCAACAGCAGGAGGCCACGCGCCCUGCGCUCUGUAUUUCAGCUUGCAUUCUGCCUCUUAGCAAAACGUAUGACGGCCUCAGAUAGUAUCAGAUUCAUAACGUAUUGUCUUUCUUUUAUUCUUUCUUUGCAUUGCACAGUUCAUGUGAAUUGUCUACAAUGUUCCGCAAGUUCUCCCAGGUUCUGGCUCAGUUUGCACAGCUUGUUUAAAAGAUAAUUGUACAGCGUAGCCCGGUAUUCUGCACGCACACACUGUGUAAAUAAAUGUUAAUGUUAUUUCACAGCAGUCAUUCAGAAUAUUGAAUUAACCAAAUUUACACAGUUAUAAGACCGAACGUUUGAUGUCUGAUGUGUAACCACAGAUGAUCUAUGCGAGCACAUAAUCUGAUCUAACCCAGAUUUGUUAUUGUUUACCAGUCAUUAUUCUCUCAACAGAGUGCAACAAACAAACUGUUUUCAUUUAAGCAUGUAAUGUUGACUUCUGUGCCAUACAAAAAAAAA